GGAAAUAGUGUGGUCACACGCACUCUGUGGAUGCAUGAAGCGAACCAGAGUACUGGAGUGGACGGGCUCACUCUCUCUCCCCGGAGAAGGUGGGAAGCAAGAUGGAUCCGUCCUCGCAGAUCGUCCAUGAUUUCCCGCCCUUCCUGCGCGUCUACAGAGAUGGCCGCGUCGAGAGGUUCCGUGCAGUCGACUUCGUUCCCCCAGGUCUCGACCCAGGAACCGGCGUUACCUCUAAAGACGUUGUCUUGAAGCCGGAAUCCGGCGUCUCCAUCCGCCUCUACCACCCACCCCUCUGCGAGGAGGAGGUUAAGGAGGGAGUGGAGAACGAGGAAAAGAAGGGCCUCUUCCCCAUCAUCUUCUACAUCCAUGGUGGUGCCUUCUGCAUCGAGUCGGCCUUCUCCACCUAUUAUCACUCCUACCUCAACUCCCUCGUUGCCGAGUCUCGCGCCGUCGCGGUUUCCGUUGAAUACCGCCUCGCACCGGAGCACCCCGUUCCCACUGCCUACCUCGACUGCUGGGCGGCCCUCCAGUGGGUGGUGCGCCAAGCCGAAGGAGGAGCCGGAGCUGAGCCAUGGCUGAAGGAACACGGCGACUUUGGCCGCUUAUUCUUGGCUGGAGACAGCGCCGGUGCGAACGUCGCCCACCAUCUAGCCAUGGCCGCCGGUGGCGCCCCGGCGUUCGUGCCGAUUUCCGCCGAAGACUUGCCGAUCAAGGUGUCGGGAAUCGUUCUGGUCCACCCGUUCUUCUUCGGGCGGAAUCCGGGCAAUGACCGCGUGUGGGAGAUGGUCUGCCCCACCACGCCGGGGAUUGAUGAUCCGCUGGUCAACCUGGUGGCGACCGGUGGGCCGGAGAUAUCGCGGCUGGAGUGCAGGCGCGUGCUAGUGUUGGUGGCGGGCAACGAUUUCUUGAGAGACAGAGGAUGCUGGUACGAAGAGGUGCUGACGGGCAGCGGGUGGAGCGGCUCCGUGGAGAUUGUGGAACACCAGGGAGAGAACCACGUCUUCCACCUCAUUGAUCGUAAGUGCGAGAACGCUGAGGAUCUCAUGAGGCACGUCGUUUCCUUCAUAAAUCGAUCCUGACUGAUGGUGGUGCAUCUGUAGCUAUUUUCAGUCGUUUUUUGUGGGGCUUCUAGUUCAAUUAUAGCGAAGAUUUUGGAUUGAUGGUACGCUUUUGUCGAUUGAUUUGGUAGAGGGAAGAACUCUUUCGAGUCAUUAGUCUGUAAAUGUAUCAACAUUUUGUUUGAGAUUUAUCAAAUAGACUUCAGAAGAAUAUGAAUUGAGCUUCUAAGAGUAUGA